AUGAAAUGGACUGUGGAACAUGACUUGACGCUUUGUGGAGAAGUCCUAUUACAGGAGCCCUUCAAGCAUCCAAAAAAUAUUAAAGAGAGGGGAGAGGUUUGGUCAAAUAUAGCGGUCAAUCUCAACAGUCUGGAAAAUCCAUCAUUCAAAGUGUCAAAGAGAUCAGUCAGAGACAGACUUACUUUAUUGCAGACCAGGUACAAGGGAAAAGUAAGGGAAGAAGAAAAAGCAUCUGGCAUAGAUUGCGAAGAGACACCGCUAGAUGCAGCAAUUGAAGAGAUUCUUGAGAAGGAAAAGGCAGCUGACAUGGAAAGAAAUGAGCAAAGUGGUACCCAAACCUUAAAGGAACAAAGAGAGAAGGCAAGUGCUGAAGAGGUUAGGCGCCAAGCCAUGGAACGCCUUGGUAAAACCCAAAAAGAAAUGCAGAUUCAGAGGAAGGAAAGAGAAGAAGCUCAGAUGCUGUUGAAUAUGUCAAAGAGAAAUUCAGUAGGAAAGUCAGCUCAGGAGGGAAGAAAUGGAUUUCAAGAAAACUAA